AUGGGCUUUAUUAGGGUAGAUAGUCAGCUUCUUGCUGCACUGCAGCAGCAGCAGCAGAAGCAGAUGCAGCAACAUCUGCAGCAACAAAUGCAGCAGCAACAGCGAGAAAUCGAUGCUGCUGCUGCUGCUGCUGCUGCAGCAGCAAAAGCUACCAAAACGUCUACACCAAGGGCGGAGAUAUUUGUAGGAAAUGAACUGCAGCAGCAGCAGCAGCAGCAACCGCAACAGCAACAACAGCAACAGCAACAGCAACAGCAGCAACAAGAGCAACAAGUACAACUGCAACAACAGCAGGGGCAGGGGGCAGCAAAUGCAACAGGGACAACAGCAGCUAAUAACAAUCAAUCCCCUGCUGUUCCUGCUGCAGCUGUUCCUGCUGCAGAGCUUCCUGCUGCAGCUGUUCCUGCUGCAGAGCUUCCUGCUGCAGCUGUUCCUGCUGCAGAGCUUCCUGCUGCAGCUAUUGCUGCUGCGGCUGUUCCUGCUGCAGAUGUUGCUGCUGCUGCUAUUCCUGCUGCAGCUGUUCCUGCAGCAGCUAUUCCUGCUGCAGCUAUUCCUGCUGCAGCUAUUCCUGCUGCAUCUCCUCCUGCUGCAGCUAUUCCUGCUGCAGAUGCUUCUGCUGCAGAUGUUCCUGCUGCAGCGGCUCCUGCUGCAGAUGUUAAUGCUGCAGAGGCUCCUGCUGCAGCUAUUGCUCCUGCUGCUAUUCAUGGUGCAGCUCCUCCUGCUGCAGAUGUUCCUGCUGCAGAUGUUCCUGCAGCAGCAAUUCCUGCUGCAGAUACUGCUGCAGCAGCUGCUCCUGCUGCAGAGGUUCCUGCUGCAGCUAUUCCUGCUGCUGCAGCCCCUGCUGGAGAUGUCCCUGCAGCCGUUCCUGCUGCAGCCGUUCCUGCUGCAGCAGUCCCUGCUGCAGCUGUCCCUGCUACACCUGCGCCUGCAGCAGCUGUUCCUGCAGCAGCUGUUCCUGCUGCAGCUGUCCCUGCUACACCUGCGCCUGCUGCAGCUGUUCCUGCAGCAGCUGUUCCUGCUGCAGCAGAGGAGCAGCAGCAACAACAACCAAUAGGCGCUGCCGCAGCAGGGGAGGCGAAACCCUUGGGAGCAGUACCUGCAGCUCCUGCUGCUGCAGCACCAGUUUCUGCUGCUGCAGCACCAGACUCCGCUGCUGCAGCACCAGUGUCUGCUGCAACAGCACUUAAUUCUGCAUUCAACAGCAACAGCAACAGCAACAACAGCAGCAGCUGCAGCUGCAGCAGGAGCUGCAGCAGCAGCAGCAUAUGUGUAGAUUGCUGCAGCAAGGAGACAGAAGAAAAGGAUUGGGGUGUCCCUGAGUUGCAUGCACUAAGAUGUGCUGCUGCAUGCAUAGACAGUGCUGCUGUUGCUGAGCUAAGGAGUCCUCAUUACCUUGUUACUCGUAGGAAGCUGCAGCAGCAAGCAGCAGCAGCAGCUGCAGCAGCAGCAGCAGCAGCAGCUGGUGGUAACAAAGGCAAGCAUCAUGAGAUAAAGCAGCAGCAGCAGCUGCUGCUGCAGCAGCAGCUGCUGCUGCUGCAGGAAGAAGAAAGAGCGAAGGAUAAGGCAGUUAAGCGUUUGCUGCAGCAAUGGCAAUUUAUCUUUGUUAAAUGUUCAGGGGAUAGAUUAAGGGCAUUAGGGAUUUAA